AUGGAGGCUCGGCGUCGACACGUACUUCCCGGAGCAAUGAAUUCCGGAGCCGAUACGUGUAUUGUAGGGGAGGUUCGUCGAGCAUCAUCCGGUCGACGCGGCUCCCGACGAGGUAGAGGAAGAGGCGGUAGGCUUGGGACUGGUCGAACGAGCCAGUUACCACUAAGCACGAGCGCUGCCGCACUUGGGCGUACUCGUCAAGCAACAGUAUCGCCGUGGAAUACUCAGCAAUCAGGUAUUUCAUCACCGGUUAAUACAGGUCAUCAGAACCAUUUCUCAGGAUCUAUAUCAUCUCGAAAGUUGUCGGCAGGCUUCACGACUAAUGGACCGCCAUCCAGUCAACCAACUACGGGAUAUUCAGCUGUAACUGCAUCUACAACCCCCCAGACUUCUAUUAGCAAUCACCCAGGUCCAUUGACCAGUCAUCCUACUACUGCGUAUUCGCCCAUGGUUGCAUCUGGAUCCCGAGGUAGUUUUGACAGAUACGCACCAGGACCCCUGAGACAAUCGCAGACAACUGGCAAUCUGCCUCCCCCAUCAGCCUACACACAGCAGAAAGGUGGGCUACAAACUUCAAGAACACUUCUCUCGGUACCUGAGUCGUCCGGAGCAACCACUUCUUCUGUUACCGCACCUACGGCCGGGGUCAUUCGGCAUUUCAGGGAAGAAAACAUCAACCCUUAUCUCUCAGAAGCCGACCUUGGAGGAAGACAUAGGGAUAGUCUGGAAAUAUCUAGUACUAAGAAGAUACCCAAACGCACGCCGCCCAACGCAAAGCGAAAGGUGAUUUCUGACGUAUCCAACACCGAACCCAUCCCGGAGUUGCCAGAGCAAAUACUGCAGGCUGUAAAGCAGAAGAAUACAGAGAAGAAUACAGAGAAGAAUACGGAGCAGAAGAAGGUUCCUACUCCAGACAAACCUCCUUUUCAGCAACAACCUCCUUUUCAGCAACAACCUCCUUUGCAACAACCUCAAGUGCAGCAACUGCCAAAACAAACCUUCCCAAGUGUAGAUUGCAUUAGUUCCAUCGAUUUAUCUCGCAUUCAUCCAUUACCUCCACAACUGCCACCCAUGCCGAUGCCAAACCCCAAGCCCAAAAAGCAGAGCGGCAUUCCCAAGUCACGCACUUUUAACGUGCUUUCCAACCUGACAUCCUCGUUCUCGCGCGCAUCGCUAUCCAGCAACAACAACAGCAACAGCAACAGCAACAGCAACAGCAACAACAACAGCAACAACAACAAUAGCAACAGUCGCAGCGAUUUACGUCGCCAAAUAGGAUCGCCCAUAAUGGCUCCUAACACCUUCGACGGCAAUGCCUCUCUAACCGAAGGCGACAGCUCCCUAGGAGCAAUUAUGACGCCCAACCAAGCCUCCACGCCCGCACCCGCACCCGCCCUCGCGACCAAACCCGUCCACCGCAACCCUCGCAUGGUCUACAACGCCGAGACCCAAUCCUACUGGACCGGCCGCUUCGUCGCCAUGCAAGACAAGCUGCGCAACGAGAACCUAAAGGCGCAAAGUCUAAACAUCAUCACGACCGCCAUAUCAGGACAGCAGCAGCAGCAACCCCAAGCCGCCGCGCCGAAGCCCAAGCCCAAGCCCACACCCGCACCCACGCCCGACGCCGCGCUCCCGACCUCGUACAGCAUGGCCUGCAUGCCAGGCGUGACUCCCCAACUCCUCUCGGGCGAGAUGGUCGCCAUCGUCCAAGCCGCGUCGGAAAUGACAGACGAAGACAACCGCAUCCGCCGCGUAUUCCGCCACCUAGAAGCGCUCUGCGCGAACCGCUCUGCCCUCGACAGCAUGCACGAGUUCCAACAGGACUACGCGCGUCUCGUCGGCAAGAAGGGUCUUCUCCCGCCCGGCUCGUCCUGGGACGACAAGGACAAGGACAAGGACAAGGAUAAGAAAGGUUGGGUCGGCCGCAUCUUCAGCGGAAGCAGUGCCGGCGGCAGCAAGAAGAAGGGUAAUGGAUCGCAGUAGGAGGGAAAGAAAGAAGGAUAUCCGAAUUAAUACUAUGGAUCCGGCACGACCCGUGCGAAGUUCGAUUCGUUGAGAGCCCUUAAUGGUUUAGCUUGGGCUGUAUUAUUUCUACUUUGCUAUACGCAGUUAUGUUAUAAUGAAAAGGACCGGAAAAGGGGAGGGAAAAAAGGAAAGAAAAAAAAGGAGGCGGAUAUGUGUCAUACGGAGAAGGACUUAAAACUCAUUCCGGUUAUUCUAGGAGGGAAGCUUCACGAAACAGAA